CUUCCGCGCACUAGAGGUGUGCUAAAAGGACCUGUCGUCGAGAUGAGGCAACGCAACUGCUCCAGCGUCCGCGCGUCGAUGGACUUCUCUGGUCCAUUGAAUGCCGUGUCCGUGUCGCACAGCCAAAAGUUGAUUGCUGUGGGAGGGCGAGAUGUCCUCAAGAUUGUAUCCCUGGAACCCACGGGAUUCGUGGAGAAGAAGAACUUGCGAUCGGCCAAGUCCAAUUUGAAUUUCAGCACGAACGACAUCCGAUGGCAUCCACAGUCGGACUCUGUGCUGGCAACUGCUGCCACAAAUGGAUUCCUUGUCUUAUGGGACGUCCAGCACAAGCUGCAGAAGCGCGAGUACAAAGCGCAUGACCGUGCUGUCAAUCGUAUCUGCUGGCACCCCACCGACCCCAACUUGCUCUUGAGCGCUUCGCAGGAUGGCUUGAUCAAGCUUUGGGACCAGCGCAACAAGGGGAUUCCCACCACCGUAUUCCACCAGCAAAAAUCCGAGAGCGUUCGAGACGUGAAAUUCCAUGUGUUCGAAGACACGAAAUUUGCGGCUGCUUUUGAGAACGGAUCGGUCGAAAUUUGGGAUCUGCGCAACCAUAAGCAGCCCGAAACAAAGUUCACGGCGCACCAGGGGCACAUUCUGUCACUAGACUGGCACCCUACCAAGGGCCGGGUGAUCGCCACGGGGUCGCGCGACCGAAGCGUCAAGAUUUGGGACCUGUCGGACGCUAGUAAACCCUUCACGAGUCAAACGAUUGCGCUGAUCGCAAAUGCCGGGCGCAUUCAGUGGCGUCCAGACUACGCAGAUCACAUUGCGACGAGCUCGUCCAUCACUGACAGCAGAAUUAACGUGUGGGAUGUCCAGCGGCCAUUUGUGCCGCUGGCGUGUUUGCACGGCCACGCAGACAUCGUAUCGGAUUUCCAGUGGUUCGAUACGCCGCUGGGACCUCCUUCGUUUGGACCCUCUGACGCCGUCGGCGGUGACUAUGAUGGAUAUCGCUACUGGCAGCACGUGCUCGCGUGCUCGAAAGACAAGACGCUCAAACUUCACUCGCUUGCGGACGCGAUCAAACCCCAUCAAUCGAUGCACUCGGUGGCGUUAGCGAUGAACAUCUCUGGCCACGUCGUGUCAUCCCACGACGACAUUGAUCGGUCGUGUGCGUCGUUGCUGAUUCACCAGCACGAGAGCUCGUUGAACCCGCUGUUUAGCGUCUCGAAUAAAUCGUUGACGAUGCAGCACCCUCCUCGUAAAGUCAAGUCUGCCGCCAACCUGGCGCCGUCGAUUCCACGCAUUCCGUCCUUCAAGGGGGUCGCCACGAAACGCAAUGUGUCUUCUGGGUCGUUGCCGAACGCGAAUUCGUAUUCCGUGACGAGUGAAGCAAGUGCACUGUCGAGCGCGCAUCCCGAGUCGUCCGCCGGCGUGCCGCAAGCAUUGAUCCACGCGUCGUCGUUUGAGAAUUCAAUGUCGGCCGAGCAAUUGAAAAACAUGCUCGACGAUCCCACCACCACGUCGUCGUCGUUGUGUUUGGCUGGCGAAGAGAUGCGACCGCAAACGUUUGGAUUUAACCAGCAAGUGUUCACCUUCCUCGCUCAGACGUAUGAGCUGCACGGACCGUCGUUCCACGCGAUUUGCGCCCACAACGCCCGGGCAGCAGCUGUCGCUGGGUGCAUGCAUCUCAGCAAGACAUGGAUCAUCUUGGAGAUAUUGUACGAGAAACGAACGAAUGCCACGAGCCAUAAGGAGCUCGCGCCGCCAUCCAACGGCACGACGGAGGCGCAGCAAGGCGGUCCGGCCCACGGCAACCAAACAUCCACUCUGCUGGCCCAGCUGGACGAAGUGAACCCGAUGCAUGGGGUUGAAGCAUAUCCGUACGACGAGGCAAAGGAGUUGAUGGUGGCGUCGCCAAAGUCACAAACGUACGGGAAGAGCGCAGACGUGUCUCGCAUCCAAGAUAUUCUCCUGAAAGAGCUCUUGGAGUACUAUUCUGAAGCGGGCGACGUUCAAUCUUGCACGACGAUCUCGGCCGCCAUGAGUUACGUCACGAGCAUCGAGACGCUUAUGGGCAAGGGGUGGCUGCAGCAAGUGUACAUGCACUACAUCGACCUCCUCCAUCAAUUGCAGCUCUACUCUGUCGCGAACGACAUGGUCAAGAACUGCCCGGACGUUGGCAUCAAGCAGAUGAACAUGAAAGCCACGACCAUCUACACGUCGUGCUCCAAAUGCACCAAAGCGAUCGAAGCGCUGCCGCCCAAAAUUGCCAAGGUCGCCAAGAAAGCUCUCUGUUCAAACUGUUUCAACGUGACGGUUUGUGCGCUGUGCGAACUGCCCGUGUCGGGGCUAUAUGCCUGGUGCCCCGUGUGCUCUCAUGGCGGCCAUCUCGACCACAUGCACGAUUGGUUUGCCACCGAGCAAUUGUGUCCCACGGGAUGCUCCCAUGUGUGCGCGCCGUACAUGUUUCUGCGGUCCUAGUGUUGACAGGAAGGUCCAUCACAAUGGAACGUAAAGAAAGAGAAUUCCUGGGACCCGUGCGAUUUGGUGCUGCG